AUGGCAGAAAAUAAUAUAACAUUACCACCAUCGGAAGCCAGUAAUGACACUUCUGAAAAUUCGGAAAACAAACCAUCAAAGGAUGAAAAAUUGCAAAAGAGAAAGGAAAGAUGGGAAACCAGGAAGAAUAAUUUCAAGAAACAUAAAAAGCAAAAAAAGGAAGUUAAACAAGAACAAAAGAAAAAGAAUAGUGAUGAUUUUUUCACCAAGAUGAGAGACGAAUUGGCUCCAGAGGAAUUUGAAAAAUUGGUGGAAGAAAAUAAAAAGAAGAAGGAAGAAAGAAUUCGUUCACAAAGAAUGAAAAAGGAGAACCUCAUCAACAAGUUGAAACAAGCCACAGAAAAUGGAAUAACCAAUGAUUGCAAUGUUUGCAUAAAUGUGGAUUGUUCCUUUAAUGAUAAGAUGACAAAUAAUGAAGUUAUUUCAUUGGCUCAACAACUUGGAAAAUGCUAUGCUGCCUAUAAGAGAAUGGAGAAUCCUUUCUAUAUGACAUUUACAUCCUUACAAGGUGAAUUAUACAAUAGUUUAAAGAAAUUUGAAGGAUUUCCUGAAAAGUGGAUGAUGAAAUUAACAGAUCAACAUUUUACAAAGGAAUUUGAGGACAAAUUGAAGGAAAAUAAGGUGAUUUAUCUUUCUGCUGAUGCUGAGAAUGAAAUUACAGAAUUUGAAAAAGGACAUGUCUAUGUAAUUGGAGGUAUUAUUGAUAGAAACAGACACAAGAAUCUGUGUAAUGAAAUUGCCACCAAAGAAUAUAACAUUCCAACAGCUAAAUUCCCACUCGAUAAGCACAUUGACAUGAAGGCAUGUAGUGUUCUGACCACCAACCAAUGUGUAGAAAUCAUUGCUGAUUGUAUCGAAUUGAAACAAACCAAACCAGAGCUCACUAAUUUUGAAAUUUGGGGUCAAGCUCUUGAAAAAAUCAUUCCAAAACGAAAGAGGAAACAUCAAGAGAAUCAAGGUGAGCAAGUGGAAGAUGAAUCUGCUGAGCAAUAA